GGUGGCGGCGGUGGCGGCAGGAGCAGCGGCCCAGGCGCCUCCUGGCGGGCAUGGGUUGGAAUUGGAGCCUCUCCUGGUACCUGACUACACCCAGCACCAUGCGGCUACUAACCGCUCUUCAAUCACCUAUUGAUGCCUCCCAGAAAAAAACGCCGCCAGACAUCCCAGAAAGCCCAGCUGCUAUUCCACCAACAGCCCGUGGAGGGCCCCAGACACCUCUAUAGAUCGCCACAGCUUCCCAUCACCCACACUAGACAGGUGCCCAGCAAGCCUAUUGACCACAACACCAUCACUUCCUGGGUAUCACCUCAGUUUGAUACAACAGCAGAAAGCUGGUUCCCAGCCAACAGGAAAGGGAAGCAUCGUCCAAAUCGAAAAUCUGCCACCUCCAAGUUUCCACAUCUAACAUUUGAGAGUCCACCGUCUUCUUCCAGUUCAGCCACACUCAGAGGCCCCUUAAUCCAGCAGUGCCCCAAUCAUUCAGUAAAGGACAUCCGAAAGCCCUUAGUUCCAAUGCUAAGCCCCCCAAGCUGUGGGGAAAUGUCAACACACGCACUUCAAAACUUACCUUAUAUGUUCACUGCACCUGAUAUCCAGACCCCAGAGUCAUCUCCUGUGAAGCAAAGGCUGCUCGCCCCAGAUCAUAAGGAAAACAGCCUGCCAAGCAGUUCCCUUCACUCUAGCACUUCUGAGAGCCCAGAGCCUGGGCCUGUUCUGGUUAAAGACACCCCUGAGGAGAAGUAUGGGGUGAAGGUCACGUGGGGGAGACGACGGCACCUGUUCACUUACCUCAGGGAGAGAGGGAAGCUCCUGAUUCACAGAUUAACACUCAACCACUGA